GUAGAUGACCAUGGUGUAUUGAGGCUUGGUGGUAGACUGCGACACUCUCCAGUCGGGCCCACUUGCAAGCGUCCAGUGAUACUACCUCGUGAUAGUCAUCUGGCCACUUUGAUAGUUCGUCAUGCACAUGAAUUGCUAUCUGGCCAUUCGGGCAAAGAGCAUGUGCUCUCUGUGAUAAGACGACAAUAUUGGGUUCCCAAGGUGCGACCUUUGAUCAACCGCAUUUUGAAGGAGUGCGUGCUCUGUAGAAAACUUCGGGGACUGCCUGGCAUUCAACGUAUGGCCGAUCUACCUGCCUACAGAGUGACUCCAGGCAAACCACCGUUCACCCACGUUGGGGUUGAUUGUUUCGGACCGUUUCAUGUCAAACGAGGGAGGAGCAGGGAAAAGCGAUAUGGCUGUAUUUUCACCUGUAUGCGAAUCAGAGCAGUCCACCUGGAGAAGCUACACUCUCUAGAAACUGAUUCAUUCCUCAAUGCCUUCCUAAGGUUUGCGGCAAGGCGAGGAACCCCGGAGAAAAUCUAUUCCGACAACGGGACCAACUUUGUUGGAGCAGAAAGGGAGCUAAGGGCAGCUAUCGAGCGUCUACAGGAAAGCAAACAGGCGGAGGGUUUCUUUCUCAGCAGAAAGGUCGAAUGGCAGUUUAACCCGCCAGCGGCCUCCCACAUGGGAGGCGUUUGGGAGCGCCAGAUUCGUACCUGCCGGAAAGUUCUGAGUUCACUUCUGCAUGAUGAGGUGCUUGAUGACGAGAGACUCGACACAUUGUUCUGCGAAGUGGAGUCUAUCGUAAAUGACCGACCCAUCACAGCAGUCUCCGAGGAUCCGAAAGAUCUCGAACCCCUUACUCCCAAUCAUCUGUUGAAGCUUGGACAUGGGCAUCCAGUUCCACUCCGUGACUUGAAAGCAACUGACCAGUAUGGGAAGCGAUGGAAACACGUACAGUUGCUGGUUGAAAGGUUCUGGAAGCGUUGGACUGCAGAGUAUCUUCCCACGCUUCAACGCAGACAACGUUGGCUUGAGCCACAAGCCAAUUUCAAGGCUGGUGACCUGGUGUUGGUCAAGGAUGACAAUCUGCCCAGAAGUCAGUGGCCUCUAGCGAGGAUUUUGAAGACCUUCCCUGGAGCCGAUGGUCUGGUUAGGAGUGUGGAAGUACGGACAGCCACUGGAAAUCAUGUCAGGCCAAUCACCAAACUGUGUCUGUUAGAAGGUGUUAAAGACUAGAAGCAUCUCCUUAACCAAUUGGACCAAUUAGUUAUAAGGCAACACGUUUAGGUUCCAGUUUAAAGUUUAAUCGUUUUAUAAGGUUUAGUGUUAAGCUUGGUUACUUGUUGUGAUUGUAAAUGUUCGUUGAUUACUCUUACAUUUAAGGGGCCGGAAUGUAACACAUGCUUUCUGUAAGGAUUAUUUAGACAUACAUUUUAUCAUGUUGCACCGAAAUGUCUUUCGUGGAGGUCAAUAAUCUGUGUAUCACCCAUGAGGUCUUAGUCUGGUUUAUGUUGUGCAUAUACAAAAUUUCAUGCUAUAGAGUCAAGACACAGACAUAUGCUAGUGUGCACAUUGUUUCAUGUGGGCUUUCUGCAUCAACGAUUUUGGGAAAGAUGAUCUGCCCAACUUCUUUGUUUUAAUUAAUAAUUAGGAAAGCGACAUUCAAGGCAGUUUGACCUGACGUCUUUUCUGCUAGUUUGCUGUAGUUGACCUGUGCUCAACAAAGUCAUUAAACCUAGUUAUAUUCCACAAGUCCAUUUGUGUGGAAAGCGUCAAUGACCUCAAGAGAGUGCAAGGGUUUAUGCAAACAAGGCAGCAGAAUUGC